CCUUCAUGACAUGGUGGUGGAGCCCAGUCUGUCCUUCACUUCUAUGCCUCCUCCCACACAGUGCACCAGAUUUAACUUUCGGACAUUUCGCUGGAUGCAAACUAUGAUUUUUGCCAUAGAGGAGAUCAACAAAGAUGGCAAACUGCUUCCUAACAUCACACUGGGCUAUAAGAUCUAUGAUUCAUGCAGUACACCCCAUCAGGCUCUCAAGGCUGCCACGGAGUUAAUGGGGAGUGAGAAGUAUUCAUCGGUUGGAGAAGAGUUACAGAGUAAAGGCACCUGUCAAGGGACUGUACCAGUAGUAAUAGGAGAUGGAGGCUCAACUCAGUCUCUCGUAGUGGCCCGUUUCCUGGGAGUCUUCCAUGUGCCACAGGUCAGUUAUUUCUCCAGCUGUGCAUGUUUAAGUGACAAAAAGCAGUUUCCUACCUUUUUAAGGACCAUGCCCAGUGACUUCUUCCAGGUAGAUGCACUAGUGCAACUUGUUAAGCAUUUUGGCUGGACCUGGGUUGGGGUAAUUGCAGGGGAUGAUGCCUAUGGUCGUGGUGGGGCAAACAUCUUUGCAGAUGAGGUUAGAAAGUUAGGUGCUUGUGUUGCACUCCACGAGAUCAUCCCUAAGAAUCGAGCACAGACUGCCAUUUCAUCGAUUGUUUCUAAGAUCCGCUCCUCCGGGGCUCGGGUGAUUCUUGUGUUUGCUGUGGAACAAGAUGUAGCUGCAUUGUUUGAUGAAGGACUCAGAGAGGGGCUCACUGGGGGUUCUAUGGGCUUUGCCAUUCGGCGAGCACACAUCCCCAGAUUGCAGGACUUUCUGUUUCGUUUGCAUCCCUUGAGCCCAGAUGCCCAUGAAAAUCCCUUUCUCAUACCCUUCUGGGAAGAGGUGUUUCAGUGUAGCCUGGGUGUGCAGGCUGAGGAUCAGGAACAUGAUGCUGAGGGUAAACCUCCAUGCUCUGGAGCAGAAGAGCUGGGGAAUGUUGAGAAUAUCUAUUCAGAUGUGUCACAGCUAAGGAUUUCUUACAAUGUCUACAAGGCUGUGUAUGCCAUUGUCCAUGCACUCAAGGCUAUGAGAAGCUGUGUGAAAGGAAAAGGGCCAUUUCAUCUGCAGGCCUGUCCUGAUGUAGACAAUAUACAGCCAUGGCAGCUAUUUCAUUACAUAACAAAGGUGGAAUAUCUGAAUUCAUUUGGUGAUGAAACUAAGUUUGAUGAGAAUGGUGACCCUGCAGCCAUGUAUGACUUGGUUAACUGGCAACUGUCACCAAAUGGGGAAAUGCAGUUUGUCACUAUUGGAAAAUUUGAUAAAGCAAUCACAGAUGGAAAGCAAAAACUCCAGAUACAGGAACAGAACAUUGUCUGGAAUGGCAACCAAAGCAAAGUUCCCUUGUCAGUAUGCAGCAGCAUUUGUCCCCCAGGUACCCGGAAGGCAAUCAGACCUAACUUUCCUAUCUGCUGCCAUGAUUGUGUGGUUUGUACAGCUGGGGAGAUUAGCAAUCAGACUGAUGCCAUAGAGUGUGUGCGCUGCCUGCCAGAGUUCUGGUCCAAUGCUGAGAGGACAGUCUGUAUCCCAAAACAGGUGGAGUUCCUCUCCUUUAGCGACACCAUGGGCAUCACCUUGAUGGCUAUUUCCAUCAUUGGCUCCUUCUGCACUUGUGUUGUGGUCUUAAUAUUUUCCUGUCACAGAACCACCCCCAUAGUCAGGGCCAACAACUCUGAGUUGAGCUUCCUGCUGCUCUUCUCUUUGACUCUCUGUUUCCUGUGUUCUCUGACAUUCAUUGGCCGGCCCUCUAAGUGGUCUUGCAUGCUGCGACACACAGCAUUUGGGAUCACCUUUGUCCUCUGUAUCUCUUGUAUUCUUGGAAAAACUAUUGUGGUGCUAAUGGCUUUCAAAGCUGCACUUCCAGGCAGUAAUGUCAUGAGAUGGUUUGGGCCUGCUCAGCAAAAGGCAAUCAUUACUGUUUCUACACUGGUCCAAGUUAUCAUCUGUAUAGUGUGGCUGAUUGUCGCUCCUCCCACUCCACGCCGACUGAUGCCACGCGAGAGCGCUAUUGUCAUUCUACUGUGUGACGAAGGGUCACCCAUAGCAUUUGCUCUUGUCUUGGGCUACAUUGGCCUGCUGGCCUGUCUCUGCCUCCUCUUGGCCUUCCUGGCAAGGAAACUCCCAGACAACUUCAACGAGGCCAAACUGAUCACCUUCAGCAUGCUCAUUUUUUGUGCAGUGUGGGUAGCCUUUGUUCCUGCUUAUAUCAGUUCUCCAGGGAAAUACUCCACCGUCACAGAGGUGUUUGCUAUCUUGGCCUCCAGUUAUGGACUGCUGGGUUGCAUCUUUGCACCAAAGUGCUACAUAAUUCUACUAAGGCCAGAAAAGAACACAAAGAAACACCUGAUGUCCAAAAGUGCCACUGACAAAUUCUAA